UAUCAGCAAGGAUCUCUGCCAUCCUGUUUCUGCCGAGAGUUUAUCUCCAUCAUCCCAGAUGGCUGAGAUGAUGGCUAUCAGAACCCAAAAGUUCAAUGUGUUUGUAUCCGAGCCAAUGGGUGACAAGGAUAUUACAAAAGUAGAUGGGAUUAAUGAUGAUCUCGGAAUGAAAUUAGCUGCAAAAGGCUUUAACAAGGCAUACAUCCUUCUGGGCCAGUUCCUCCUGUUGAAAAAGGACUCUGCAGUUUUCCAGAGAUGGCUGAAAGGGACUUAUGGAGCCAGUCCCACUGAGGCUCAGCAGUGUGCUUCCUGCCUGUUGGAGUGGUGCUGUUCCUUCCUGUAAAGACCUGCCCACUAAGCUUUGAUGGUACACUUAGCAGGACUCUUCCAAGGACUGAAAUAAAGCAGCUCCUGAAUGAAUUGU